AUGGUAUGCGAGUUGCUGUCAUUUGGUAUCUCCGAUGUGAAGCCGUCCACAGACAUGGACAACCAAGACUCCUUGUACCAGCCCACAUCUAUUGGGGCAUCACUGGAAGAUAUGGAUCUAUGGUCCCAGUUCCACCAGGAAGGCACAGAGAUGAUCAUCACCAAAUCUGGAAGGAGAAUGUUCCCCCAGUGCAAAAUCCGUCUUUUUGGGCUCCAUCCUUACACUAAAUAUGUUUUGUUGGUGGAUUUUGUUCCUCUGGACAACUUCAGAUAUAAGUGGAACAAGAACCAGUGGGAGGCAGCAGGUAAAGCAGAGCCGCACCCUCCAUGCAGGACGUAUGUUCACCCAGACUCUCCAGCUCCUGGCGCUCACUGGAUGAAGGAUGUAAUCUGUUUCCAAAAACUCAAACUCACCAACAACACAUUAGAUCAACAAGGCCAUAUCAUCUUGCACUCCAUGCAUCGAUACAAGCCACGAUUCCACAUUAUUCAGUCGGAUGAUGUGUACAAUUCCCGAUGGGGACUGCUGCAGGUGGUCAGUUUCCCAGAGACAGAGUUCACUGCAGUUACUGCAUACCAGAAUGAAAAGAUCACAAAACUAAAAAUUGAUCACAACCCCUUUGCAAAGGGAUUUCGGGAGCAAGACAGAGCCCACAAACGGGAUGAUUCUUCAAAAACUGGAGCACAGAGUCCGUCCAGAAGGCUAAAGAGAAAGAAGUGGGAGGAUGGUCUUGGGGCAGAAGCUGCAGAUAAUGCCAAAGUUGCACGUGUGAAGGAUGAGCCCAGUAUGCCCACUCCAGUAUGUCCACACCAAUGGGCUCCAGAACAAGAGGGAAGCAGUUUCAUGGCCCCAAGCUCCCCUGGCCUCCUAGACUGCACAAAUCAGGAGCAGCAAGUACCAUCUUCCUCGUCUAGCCUAUUAUACAGGAGUCAGCCCAGAAGAGGUCCUCCACCUCAUGCCUUCUCUGAUAUGAGCGAAGUCCCGGGUCGGCGUCUCACGCCUGAUGUAGCCAUGGUGCCAGAUGCAGAUUCCUGUCAGCAGUCUGUAUUCCCUACGCCUCAGUUUUCCCAGGAACGUUGCAGCGCCCUCAAUAUUUCUAUGGAUACGCCAGCAAAGCAACCUUUGCGUGGACCCGUGUGCAGCCCGUAUGGAGCAGACCAGUGGAUGGUUCCUAGUCAAGGACAGUACAGACACAUGGGCUACUCGGCAUACCCAACAGACUUUACCACACAGGGUACUGUAUCCCAUCCACAUGGAGGAAUGUCAGACUGGAGCCAGUACCCACUCUUCCCCUACACAUGUUGGUAA